CAAAAAAGGACUGAUUCAGCAUGAUUGAUAAAGCAAUGCGAUUGGUUAAUUAUCAAACCAAAUUUAAAUGCAUAAGGUGUGUUCCUGCUUAUACACACUAUAUAAUGAUCAACAGUCAGUGUUUCCAUAUGUUUUAUUCAAAACGUCAACCCGAAGGCAGAAUGAUGAAGUAUAACAAGCUAUAUCUGCUAAUAAUUGUGACAUUACUGCAGAUGUGUGCUUAUACAGCACAGUUCAUACCGGGACAAAAUCCAAUUGAACAGCAGCGAGAAGUUGUUCUGCUCGAUGACAGAGGAAGUUCAGAAACCUCUUUUUUGGAUGGUUCUGAUUUUGGCACAGGAUCAGAUUUUGGACUCCCGACUAUACCUUUUUUAGCCUUAGCGUUACUUGUAAUACCAAUGCUAAUGAUGACAAUGAUGAGUACUACUGAAACAAGUGUUGCACCAAUGCCUGUUGUUCCAACACCUGUGUCGGUUUCUGCUCCAACACCACAAGCCGCUGUACCAACAACACCAUGUGUUCCAACAAAUUGCCCUGCAAACUAUAGGUUGUUGAAUGACCAAACUGCUAGUUCUAACUGUUACUUCGACAGCGGAACUCAAGGGGAUCAAAGAUGGUCUACUGCUCGGAAGACAUGUACCGCGACACCAGGAGCAUACCUAUGGAGGCCAAAUUCACGAGCAGAAGCUGAUGCUGUCAAAAAUACGUUUGAUAUCGCUAUUAGCGAGGACGUAUGGACUGGCGGAUAUAGUCCUACCCAAGACGAGAAUUUUGUAUAUGCCGAUAACAUGGAUAACGAUGCUGCUUUUUUUUUGUUUAAUGUUCCAUUUGGAGAAUGUAAGUUUUAUUAUUUUAAUAUGUUUUAG